ACAUAUUAUUUAUAGCAGAUUUGAGGCAUGCAUGGUGUUUGACAUUUCUGUCUUUAUAAGUAGGGGGACUUCAAAAAGUCGUGGGCAUUCCCCUAGGCAAAGUGCAGUGGGCAGGGACCAGGGUGCGGGCGCAAGGCGAACGCGCAGACCACGAGUGUCCUGGCGCAGGUGCCAGGGGCGGCGGCUGCAACUCCGCAGCGUCCGCUCGGGAGGAGAGUUCGCGGCUGAUCUCUGGAUGCCUUGCAGAUGCAAAAUGUGUCUCUGGCCAGCAGGAGGAAGGAAGAGGAAGUGAGAGCAGCGGCAGUCGGCGGUGCAGCAGCCGGCCGACCCGGAGUGUAUAGACACGUGUGGCCGUUUACACUGUAGGAUCCCCAGUCCCACUGGCUUUGAACAUUUUGGGGGCUUACAAUGCCGCCACCCGCGGACAUCGUCAAGGUGGCCAUAGAAUGGCCGGGCGCCUACCCCAAACUCAUGGAAAUUGAUCAGAAAAAACCACUGUCUGCAAUAAUAAAGGAAGUCUGUGAUGGGUGGUCUCUUCCCAACCAUGAAUAUUAUGCACUGCAGCAUGCCGAUAGUUCAAACUUCUAUAUCACAGAAAAGAACCGCAAUGAGAUAAAAAAUGGCACUAUCCUUCGAUUAACCAAAUCUCCAGCGCAGAACGCCCAGCAGCUCCAUGAACGAAUCCAGUCCUCGAGUAUGGAUGCCAAACUGGAAGCCCUGAAGGACUUGGCCAGCCUCUCCCGGGAUGUCACAUUUGCCCAGGAGUUUAUAAACCUGGAUGGCAUCUCUCUCCUCACGCAGAUGGUGGAGAGCGGCACUGAGCGAUACCAGAAAUUGCAGAAGAUCAUGAAGCCUUGCUUUGGAGACAUGCUGUCCUUCACCCUGACGGCCUUCGUUGAGCUGAUGGACCAUGGCAUAGUGUCCUGGGAUACAUUUUCGGUGGCAUUCAUUAAGAAGAUAGCAAGUUUUGUGAACAAGUCAGCCAUAGACAUCUCGAUCCUGCAGCGGUCCUUGGCCAUUUUGGAGUCGAUGGUGCUCAAUAGCCAUGACCUCUACCAGAAAGUGGCACAGGAGAUCACCAUUGGCCAGCUCAUUCCACACCUGACAGGGUCAGAUCAAGAAAUCCAAACCUAUACUAUUGCAGUGAUUAAUGCACUUUUCCUGAAGGCUCCUGAUGACAGGAGGCAGGAGAUGGCGAAUAUUUUGGCUCAGAAGCAAUUGCGUUCCAUCAUUUUAACACAUGUCAUCCGAGCCCAGCGGGCCAUCAACAAUGAGAUGGCGCACCAGCUGUAUGUUCUGCAAGUGCUCACCUUUAACCUCCUGGAAGACAGGAUGAUGACCAAAAUGGACCCCCAGGACCAGGCUCAGAGGGACAUCAUAUUUGAACUUCGAAGAAUUGCUUUUGAUGCCGAGUCUGAACCUAAUAACAGCAGUGGCAGCAUGGAGAAACGCAAGUCCAUGUACACGCGAGAUUAUAAGAAACUUGGCUUCAUUAAUCAUGUCAACCCUGCCAUGGACUUCACGCAGACUCCACCUGGGAUGUUGGCUCUGGACAACAUGCUGUACUUUGCCAAGCACCACCAAGAUGCCUACAUCCGGAUUGUGCUUGAGAACAGUAGCCGAGAAGAUAAGCAUGAAUGUCCCUUUGGCCGCAGUAGUAUAGAGCUGACCAAGAUGCUGUGUGAGAUCUUGAAAGUGGGCGAGUUGCCUAGUGAGACCUGCAACGACUUCCACCCGAUGUUCUUCACCCACGACAGAUCCUUUGAGGAGUUUUUCUGCAUCUGUAUCCAGCUCCUGAACAAGACAUGGAAGGAAAUGAGGGCAACUUCUGAAGACUUCAACAAGGUAAUGCAGGUGGUGAAGGAGCAGGUUAUGAGAGCACUUACAACCAAGCCUAGCUCCCUGGACCAGUUCAAGAGCAAACUGCAGAACCUGAGCUACACCGAGAUCCUGAAAAUCCGCCAGUCCGAGAGGAUGAACCAGGAAGAUUUCCAGUCCCGCCCGAUUUUGGAACUAAAGGAGAAGAUUCAGCCAGAAAUCUUAGAGCUGAUCAAACAGCAACGCCUGAACCGCCUCGUGGAAGGGACCUGCUUUAGGAAACUCAACGCCCGGCGGAGGCAAGACAAGUUUUGGUAUUGUCGGCUUUCGCCAAAUCACAAAGUCCUGCAUUACGGAGACUUAGAAGAGAGUCCUCAGGGAGAAGUGCCUCACGAUUCCUUGCAGGACAAACUGCCGGUGGCAGAUAUCAAAGCCGUGGUGACGGGAAAGGACUGCCCUCAUAUGAAAGAGAAAGGUGCCCUUAAACAAAACAAGGAGGUGCUUGAACUCGCUUUCUCCAUCUUGUAUGACUCAAACUGCCAACUGAACUUCAUCGCUCCUGACAAGCAUGAGCCUCUUCCAUGAACUCCAAUGCACACUGCUACCAGUAAAAUUCUACCAACAACAUCUCUUCCUAAGACCCUCUUCUGUGGCAGGCACCAUCUUGGACACUGGUGGUUCAUAUAUGAAUAAGAAUUAACCACGGCCCCAGACAAUCUCACAAGCUUGUGGGGGAGAGAAGCUUGCAAAUGUCAAUAAAUAACUAUAAUGGUAAGUGAGAAAGAAGUGUAUGCAAACGCUGUGGGUGCACAGAGGAGUGAGUGAUUAAUUCCACAGGAUUGGGAGGCAGUGUGGGAUGGGGUUGGAGAGGAUAUUUGAAGUAGAUCUGAAGGAUAAUUAAUUCACUAGGCAAGGGAGGCGGUGAAGGAUGCUCCAUGCACAGAGAAUGCUGAAAGAAGCUAAGCCAUGUAAUUGGUUGGAUGUUUGUGGGAAAAUGAAUUCAUUUUGUUGUGGCCAGACAGAAUGUCUGAGGUGAAAAGAUGGGAACUGAGGUUGGAAUGGGUUCUGAUAUUGAAGGGUCUUAGAGGCCAUGCUCAUGUUCAUUGUGGAGAAAACUGACCUCCAUCAAAGGAUUUUAAGAGAGAGAGGACCAUGAUCAAACCUCAUUCUGGUAACAUCUCAGAAGAUAAAUUUGUUGGCAGGUUGGAAGUGAGGGGGAAGAGGCUGAGGUCAACAUCCAGGUGAAAGAUCACAGGGGUCUGAGGAGGGCCAUGACCAUGGGAAUGAAGAGCAAAAGGCAGAUUGAGACUGUUCUGAGGAGAACUCAGUCGAUAUUUGUGGCUGUGUCAUGGAAAAGGGUCAUGGGGUGAGGGGCAGCAAGGGAAGUAGAAUCAGGAAUUCCCCACCGGCUCUCUAACUCAGGGCUACAUGGUAGCCCCCUAAACUGAGGUAGAAUUUCAUCCAAGCCCACCCCAUCAUUCAUUGCCAAGGAUACUUGUAAACUCAGCAUCACAGAUUUCUGGAGGCAAAUGCUUCUCUCUGGAGUUUGAACCUAUUUACAAAAUCAUGCAGAAGAAAUUGCUGACGGUUACCGAUGUGAUUCCAAAUGCUGAAGUAAGAUUGUGUGUGCGUGUGUAUACGUGCCUGUGUGUGUCUUGGGGGAGGUGUCCUUUCUCUAAAGCAGCUCCUCACAUCCCUGCCUGCAGAAUGGGUUUCCCCUUUGCCCCACCACACAGGACCGCUGUGAGCAGAGAUUCAUCCUCCUGCCUCCUUUCCAAGCCACACCAUUCCCUUCAUCACUCCCUCCCACCCUGGCAUCUCCCCAGCUCUCCAGGGGAAAGCUAGAACUACUAUUCUAAUGGCCAGUUUGGUCUUGUCAGGAUCUGUUAAAAGAAACUAGGUCUUGGGUGUGUAUGUGUUUGUGUGUAUAGUUGGAUGUAUGCGCUUGUGUGUUUCUGCAUGGGUCUGUGCAUGUGAAUCUAAAUGUGUGUCUGUGUUACAGUUGCCAGUUUGGCAAAUAAAAAUACAGGGUGCACAAUUUAAUUUGAAUUUCAGGUAAAUUAUCUCAGCAAAUCAUUCUUUUAGUAUAAGUAUGUCCAUGUGUAUUUAUGGAUGCCUAUUUAGGGCUUAUGUAUAUGAAAAAAUUGCUCAUUUUUUAACUGAAAUUCACAUGUAUAACCCAUGUGAUUAUGUGUGUGUGUUUUGUGUAAAAGCCUGUGUGGUUUUGUUUUUGCUCAUGUGCUUGGGUGUUUGUGUGUAUCUAAGUGCAUGUCUGUGUAUAUAGGUAUGUGGUUUUCUGUGUUUAUGUGGGUCUGGGUUAUAGGAAUCCUAACAAGAGAUUUGCCCAAGUCAUCUAAGCCUGGAGAAAAACGUUAUUCUCAGUUUACCAGAGAAAAAGCAGAUUUUUUUCUGCAAUUAAUUAAUUGUGACUUUGAAAAAAUGACUGCAAAGUGAGAAGGUUGAACUAGACUCAUUCAUUUAGAUAUUUAUUGAUCAUUCUAGGAGGAGAAAGUGCAAAGGCAAGUAAUUCACAGAGGACUCAUGGUCUAGAGAAAGGACAUCAAUACUACUGAGGAGGUUAUGAUGUAGUAAAUGCCACCAUAAACGUGUAUGGCGACAUCCCCACAACUGUGGCGAUACCUUCCGUUUCUUUGUGUCUGUGAAGCCAGCCCUGCAGUGAAGGCAGGCAGAUAUUUCAGUAUGAUGCUUUUAUCACUUUGAAUCUUUAAAUUAUGAUUAUUGGUAGAAGCAUGCGUGCAGCUCUGAUAAACACAGAUCGCCCAGGCAUCAGCUGCGGGAAGCAUUGCUCCAUCCAUCAAAUGUGUUUGUUUUCAAUAGUAGCAGUGCCCAUGGAAGCCAGGAAAUGUCACUGGCUUCAGAUGUCACUUAAACAUCUGAAGCAUUUCUCAUCACCCUUCCUGUCCCCGGUAGCAGCGUACCUUGCAGCGUUAGAGGGCUGCCUGCUUCCCCUGGGGGAAUCUCAGCUCCCUUCAGAGUCCAUGCCUGACGUUUAUACUUCUCCCUAACUUUGACACUGGUUUUGCUCAUCCAAUAUUUUCAGGCUCUGUCUUUCAAAAUAAAAUUAGCUGGCUAAGUGAGAUACUGGCCAUUCUGGCUUGAAAUCUGUCUCAAGCAAGCUUUCACACCCCUACAGAAAGCUGCCUUAAUAUAAUAAUUGAGAAAUUAUGUAGGAGUUUUUGAAUCCAAUGAUAUAUGGUUAGAAUACAGGCCAAGCUGUUAUCACAAAGAGACCUCAGGAGUUGCAACAAGAUAAGUUUGUUUUUCACUUACCUGGUAGUCUGAGCUCAAGCUGUCCUGGCUGCUGUGGCAAUCCCAGAGGGACAAGGAGCCCAAUUCCUUCUGGCUUGAUGCUUAGCUGCCCUGCUCUCAUCAGUACAGCCCAUCCCAGCAAGCAGAAAGAGGGAGAGGGGAGGCAGCACAAAUUCAUUUCCUUUCAAAGGCAAGCCUGGACAUUGCAUGCAUCACCUCUGGCUACAGACACAGGUGAGGAUGUGGCUGCACCAAGCUUCAAAAGAGGCCAGAAUGUGGUCUUCCUCUGAACUGCCAUAGGGCCUAUUGCUAUGGAGGAAAGAAGAGUGGGAUGGGGGCAACUGGCAAUCUCUGCUCAAAGAGCAUUGGUAUCAAAAUAUUCAAGAGCUCUCUGGACAAAUAGCCCUCAGAAUACACUUGUCUGUAGCUGGAGGUGCAAGAACAACCUUAACUGAGUGCUCGCUGCGUUACAGACGAUGUGAGAAUCAGUCAGUGUCUUAUAUUACUUGAUCCUAAUAGGCAAAGUGCCUGAGGGGUGAAGUGACUUGCCCAAUGGGCGCGUAGGUGCCACAGGAGGCACUUGGACCCAAGGUCUUUCCCACACACCACUCUGCUUCCUCUAAUCUGCUGGUGAUGGAAUGACUCUCUUGGACGUGUGCUGGGUUUUCAGGUGCCAACUCAGCAUUACCACCAGCCCUGUCUAGGUCUCCUCUGCACUUCAGAAGCAAAGCAGAAACUACAAUUCCCAGAAUGCCAUUCCCAGGAGGACCCAUGUGCCAGCCCCAUUGAGGCACCUGUCAGAGGCCUUUAUCCUGCAUUGGUGGCUUUAUCCAGCCCCCAGUACAGAGGGAGCUUCAAGCAGCUUUCCACAGGCUUCUGAGAUCCCCUGGCUUUAAUGUUUCAGGCUGAGAUCUUGGUAGGUGGCUUCUAGGCCCUUUGCACCCUGGGCUCUUCCUAUAAUACAUAGGCUCCCCCUACCUGGACCACUCAGACUGAACGUCACAGACCCAGAAGGUGAGAUCACGAGAUAGUGCAGAGGUCUUUCUGUCUGGCAGAAAGAACACUCAAACUGAAACUGGGUGAACUGACAUUCUCACCCACCAAGCUGGCCCUUGACCACAUCACUUAAGUGGUAUGAACAUCAACAUUUUUCACUCAUCAAAUGUGAAUAACAGUAUCUACAAAAUUAUGAGGGCCGGGCACAGUGGCUCACUCCUGUAAAUCCCAGCACUUUGGAACAUCAAGGCAGGCAGAUCGCUCAAGCCCAGGAGCUUGAGAUC